AUUUAGAAGGUUGUGCCAGAAAGUUCUGGCCCACCAAACAUAACCACCAAUUCUGUAUUUUUACUUAUUCCUUUUCCGGUUAAGAAUACAGCUGCAGUUUUUUAUUUUUUAAUUUUGAACAGAGUUUAGAGAGAGAGAGUUCCAAGCCAAAGGUUAUAUGAUUUCAGAGCCCCCACCAAAUGCCAUAAACGGAGCUCAGGAAUAUUAAGACGAGGGCAUUAGAGAGAUUUUUUUAGUUAUUUAUUUUUUAUAUAAAAUGUAAGGUUGAAUACAGCGAAGCAGAUGUUUAUGCAUCAGACCCACCUCCCACAAAUGUAUAUAAUUGUAAAAAUUAUGUGUGUGUAUAUAGCAGAGCCAGAAAGAAAGUAGUGCUGAUUACAGCAAAGGGAAGAAAAAAAAAAUUAAAAAUAAUAAUAAUAAAAAGAAAGGUUGGUCUCUUCUCUCUUAGUCUUUGAGUUUUUAUUGGACAAGAUUGAGCCUACUAUUGUCGUCGUGGGUGCCCACUAGCAGCUUUUUUGUCUUCUCCUCUUUUUUUUUAUUUUCCUUUUCUCAUAAUAAUAUUAUCUGGUUUUUGGUUUAUUAUUAUUGAUAUUAGUUGUGUAUAUGAUAUUAUUAUUAUUAUUAUAAGGGUGAUGGUUUCUUUCUCUCUCCCUUUCUCUUUUUAUUCUCUUUCCACCCUUUAAACAGUAAUGAUUUUCUCGUUACGGGUAUCGUUGUUGAGGAAUCUGAGGAGGAGUUUUGGUUGUUGCUCUGGCUGUGAAAAAGUGGCAGUUGUAGCCUUAAAAAACAGCAACAACAACAACAACAACGAGAACAAGUUAUAGAGGACGAGAAAGCCAGAAGAACAAGAAUAUUAUUACUAUUAUUAUUAUUAUUAUCAACAGAACCAUCUCAAGCACACGAGUGUGUCAUUUUUUUUUUUGGCCUUUCAUUGAUGUGAUUUUUGAAAGAAGCGAAAGGAGAAAAAAUAUAUAUCACCCUCUUUCUUCUGGCUUUAUAUACCAAAAUUCUUUUCUUUUCUUCAUUUGGGUUCUGGGAUUUUUUUCUUUUCUUCUUUUUAACUGAUUUGUAUUCCGGGUUUGGGGUUUGGGGACAAAUUUUUUUAUUAUUUAUUUUUAUAUAUUUAUAGAUAGAAUUGAUCUUUUAUUUUAUUUUAUUUUGAAACUGUUCUAUGUCUCAACCAAGGCAAUUUCAGAUGGUUGGUAAUAACAAUCCGGGACAAUACAGUGACACAACUUUUACCAAAAUCUUUGUUGGAGGGUUGGCUUGGGAGACUCAAAGGGAGACUAUGAGAAGAUAUUUUGAACAGUUUGGAGAGAUCUUAGAAGCUGUUGUUAUUACAGAUAAAAAUACUGGAAGAUCCAAGGGCUAUGGCUUUGUUACAUUUAAGGAUCCAGAGGCAGCCAUAAGAGCAUGUCAAAACCCAUCUCCUGUGAUUGAUGGAAGAAGAGCCAAUUGUAAUCUUGCCUCUCUUGGUGCACAGAAAACUCGUCCACCAACUCCUCAACAUGGAGGAGCAGGAAGAUUUAGACCAAGCCCUGGAUUAGUGGCUCCACCAACCUAUCAAGGCUCAACAUCAACAUACUUUCACCAACCCACUGCUCAAUAUUCAUUUCCUUAUUCAGCUUAUGGUUACACCGGUUAUUCACAAGACUCCAUGUAUCCCAUGAACUAUUAUGGUGUGUAUGGAGGUCAACAAUAUCCACCUUAUGUAGCAACCUCUGGGGGUUCCGGGGCAGCUGCUGCCAUGUACCAUAAUUUCUACCCUUUAUAUGCUCAAUAUGCACAGAGUGACCAAGCUCAUCACCAUGGUUUCAAUGUCCAAUACCCCCAAAUGGUACAAUACCCUUAUUUGCCUCAGCAUUAUGGCUCCCCAGGGAUUCUUUCACUUCCUUCCUCAGUGCCACCACCAGUGACUUCAACCACAACUACACCAGGAACAACAGGAGUGACAGUAACAGGAACAGUUGUUUCACAAGCCUCUGCAACAGCUUCCGAACAGAACUCAUCAACUUAAAAACUUUGGCUGAAGAGAAAAAAGGAAAAGAAAAACAUUAUUGUCUUCUUACAAGGCUAACAUGGAUAGAGUCAAAAGGCUCAUGAAAGAUCAGCAAACAGAAAAGAAAAAAGAAAAAGAAAAGAAAAUAUAUAUACUGAUUACUGGAAAAGGAUUCUUGGUGAUCAGCUAGCAUAUAUAACAAGAGAAAGGAAUGCCAAGUCUCUCAUAAUUGGAUACUUUCAUUCAUGGAACAUGCAUUUGGGGAUUACUUACAAAAGCUUUUCUCAGCUACUAACACAUGUUUGCUUUUUUAGAACAGUAGGAAAGUCUUUCUUUUUUUUUUUUUUUGUUAUCAUCAUCCUUAAGUAGUUUUUAGCAUUAGAAGGAUAAGAAUCAUAUUCAUUUUACAAUUUUAUGCAUUGGCAUAAGGUAGAAGCUGAAUAUUGGCUUUGGAUUCUACCUUGCAUACUGAUAACUAGAUAAUUAUUAUUAUCAUUUUAUAUUAUUAUUAUCAUAUGUCUUGGAAGCAUAAAGCAUCCGAGGUCAUAUACCCUUUGUUUAUAUUGGUAAGAAUUCAAGGUUCAAAAGAUUGUUUUUAUAUCUUUGAACCAUUAUUCCUUGUUGGUCAACAAGAGAAGAAAAAAAGAAAAAAGUGGCAAAGCUUGGACAGCUUUGGCCAGUAACUUGUAAUUUUUUUGUUGGUUAAUUGUUUAUGAUUAAUUGAUAAGUCUUUUAGAUAGGAUUUUAGUAAGAAGAUUUUAUAUA